ACACUUCUCCCUCGCUGGUCUUCAGGCCCGGCCCGCCCUGUCCAGAGGCGCCGGGACCCAAGCGCCUGCAGCUGCCCGCCGGGCCGACGUCCCACGGGAAUGCGCGAGGCCCGGACGGGAGUGGCCGAGGCGGUUGGGCGGAGGCGGAGCAGGCGCCAUGUCAGCCCGGGAAGUGGCCGUGCUGCUGUUGUGGCUGAGCUGCUGUGGCUCCGCCCUUUGGAGAUAUUCCACUAACAGCCCAAACUAUCGCAUUUUUAGUACCAGAAGUACUAUAAAGUUAGAGUAUGAAGGAACAUUAUUUACUGAGUGGAGUGUGCCAGAAACUUGUUUUGUGCUAAAUAAAAGCUCACCCACCACAGAAUUGCGUUGUUCCUCACCUGGUGUUCAUGCUAUAAAACCAAUUGUUACUGGCCCAGAUGAAGAAGAACGCUAUUUAUUUGUGGAAAGUUCUCAUACUUGCUUUCUGUGGUACUAUAGAGUUAGACAUUUCCUGAACAACUUUACCCAGCUUAUCACUGUGUGGGCAUAUGAUCCAGAAAGUGCAGAUCCUGACGAGUUGCUGGGGAAUGCAGAAGAACCUUCAAUAAAUUCCAUAGUACUCAGCACACAGAUGGCCACAUUGGGACAGAAGCCUGUCAUACAUACAGUUCUGAAGAGAAAAGUUUAUUCUUCAAAUGAGAAAAUGAGAAGGGGGACCUGGCGUAUUGUAGUACCAAUGGCAAAAGAUGAUGCACUAAAGGAGAUUAGAGGAAACCAAGUUACUUUUCAGGAUUGCUUUAUUGCAGAUUUUCUUAUUCUGUUGACUUUUCCUUUGUUGACCAUACCUGAAAGUCCUGGUUAUUUACCAAUCUCCUCACCACGUGGUAGUCAAUUAAUGGCUUCCUGGGAUGCUUGUGUAGUUGCAUCUGCUGUUUUGGUGACAGAUAUGGAGACCUUUCACACAACUGAUUCAUUCAAAUCUUGGACCAGAAUCAGAGUGCCUCCAGACAUUCUGAGUGAUGAUGAAAGACGGAGUGUGGCUGAUGUGAUCUUAUCUCGGGACAGAAUCGUUUUUCUUAUAAAUGGUGUUCUUUACAUAAAGAGUUUUCGUGGAUUUAUAAGACUGGGAGGAAUUGUAAAUCUUCCUGAUGGUGGAAUUACUGGCAUUUCAUCAAGAAAAUGGUGUUGGGUCAAUUAUUUAUUAAAGGCUAAAGGAAGAAGAAGCACCUUUGCAGUCUGGACAGAAAAUGAAAUUUACCUCGGAUCCAUUCUUCUUAAAUUUGCCAGAUUAGUAACCACCACAGAACUGAAAAACAUCCUAAGUCUGUCAGUGACUGCUACUCUGACUGUAGACAGGGUUGAGUAUACAGGACACCCUCUGGAGAUUGCUGUGUUUUUAAAUUAUUGCACUGUAUGUACCGUCACCAAAAAGAUUUUCUUAGUGAUAUAUAAUGAAGAUACAAAACAGUGGGUUUCCCAAGACUUUACAUUAGAUGCCCCUAUUGACAGUGUUAUCAUGCCACAUUUUACAUUUUCAGCACUGCCAGGAUUACUGCUAUGGAACAAGCAUAGUAUCUACUAUUGUUACCAUAAUUUCACCUUUACUGGGAUUUUACAGACACCUGCAGGACAUGGAAAUCUAUCAAUGCUAUCAAAUGACAGCAUUAUUCAUGAAGUUUUCAUAGAUUAUUAUGGAGAUAUUUUGGUAAAAAUGGAAAAUAAUGUAAUAUUUUAUUCCAAGAUUAAUACUAGAGAUGCAGUAAAGCUGCAUUUAUGGACAAAUUACACAACAAGAGCAUUCAUUUUCUUAAGUACAUCUGGUCAAACAUACUUCCUGUAUGCUUUGGAUGAUGGCACAAUACAAAUACAGGACUAUCCCUUACGUCUGGAAGCACAAAGUAUAGCUUUCACGACAAAAGACAAAUGCCCAUACGUGGCAUUUCAUAAUAAUGUUGCUCAUGUUUUUUACUUUUUGGACAAGGGAGAGGCUCUGACAGUUUGGACUCAGAUCGUCUAUCCAGAAAACACUGGUCUGUAUGUUAUUGUGGAAUCUUAUGGCCCAAAAAUAUUACAAGAGAGUCAUGACAUUUCCUUUGAAGCUGCCUUUGGAUACUGCACCAAAACUCUGACACUAACAUUUUAUCAGAAUGUAGAUUAUGAGAGAAUAUCUGAUUACUUUGAGACACAAGACAACCACACGGGCGUUGUGCUGGUUCAGUUUCGACCUAGUGAAUAUUCAAAAACAUGUCCAAUAGCCCAAAAGGUGUUCCAAAUAGCUGUUGGCUGUGAUGAUAAAAAAUUCAUUGCAAUUAAAGGAUUUAGUAAAAAAGGAUGUCAUCACCAUGAUUUUUCAUACGUUAUUGAAAAGUCAUAUCUGAGGCAUCAGCCAUCAAAAAACUUGAGAGUAAGGUAUAUUUGGGGAGAAUAUGGCUGCCCUCUGAGGCUUGACUUCACAGAAAAGUUUCAACCUGUGGUUCAACUAUUUGAUGAUAAUGGCUAUGUUAAAGACGUUGAAGCAAAUUUCAUAGUGUGGGAAAUACACGGCAGGGAUGACUAUAGCUUUAAUAAUACUAUGGCACAGAGUGGUUGUUUACAUGAAGCACAGACAUGGAAGUCAAUGAUUGAACUUAACAAGCACCUCCCACUAGAAGAAGUCUGGGGACCUGAGAACUAUAAACACUGUUUUUCUUACGCUAUUGGAAAACCAGGAGACUUAAAUCAACCAUACGAGAUUAUCAACAGUUCUAAUGGUAACCAUAUAUUUUGGCCCAUGGGCCAUUCUGGAAUGUAUGUAUUUCGUGUGAAGAUCCUGGAUCCAAACUAUAGUUUCUGUAACCUAACAGCUAUGUUUGCAAUAGAGACAUUUGGACUGAUUCCCAGUCCAAGUGUCUACCUGGUAGCUUCUUUCCUCUUCGUCCUGAUGCUGCUCUUCUUCACUAUUCUUGUUUUGAGCUACUUUCGGUACAUGAGGAUUUAUAGACGAUAUAUUUAUGAACCACUUCACAAACCUCAAAGAAAACGUAAGAAGAAUUAGGAAAACUGAAAGUUUAUUACGGAUAUAUGCAUAUAGAGAAACAGUGUAUUAUAUAGUUAUAUUGAGAGUGUGUGUUUGACCAAGAAAUACUAAAUAUAAGCUCAUAGUAGGCAUCACCAAAUUCAAGAUCUGAAAAAUAUUCUUGAACUAUCUCCAAAAUAGAAAUGUUUUCAUAUAUAUUGUUAUUAAAUUAAUCCUUUGUUUGCCUUCAUUUUAAAGAUACUGUAUGUACUCUCACAUGGCCGAAAAAAUAAACUAAAUUUGACUAUUACAA